AGGCAAUCCAUGCAGCGUCGAGUAUAAAAUCGGACACUAAUCGAUCCGGCCUUACCAGUCACUAGUACGAUUCGCGAUAGAGAAGUUUGGGCAUGCAUUAGUGCGUAUCUGCAUGCAUCCUGCACACAUACACCCACACACAACACAUAGCUUAGCCAUGUUGCUCUGGUGGUUUUGGCUGUUUGGCGGUUUGGUACCGCACGUGCUCGCGCAAGCCGAUCAACGCCCAUCAAUCGAUAUUAUCGGCAGCAUCGUGGAUAACCUGCAAUCACUCGACAUCCGUCAGCUGCGCAACGAAACCCAGUGCGAUCGGCAGCUGCUAGCACUGGUCGCUGGCAUACAGGCGAAAGAGUUUUGGACAGUGAAAUUGCUUGACUCCUGGGGCAAAUGGCCGGCCGGUAUAUUCUCGGGCAAUCUGUACGAACUUGGACACUACGACCAGUGUGCCGAUUUCCAACAUGUUCAUAGUACAUCCUUGAUAGAUACGAUCGAGGGCCGUUACUGCUUGAUGACUGUACCGCUCCAGAACUUAUUACCCUCGAAACAACCUGCGCCAUCUCAGCCAGUGCAACGUAUCAUGCCCGGCUCGUCCGGAGAUGUAUGGGCCGCCCGGCUUGGUGUUUGCAUUCCGGCGGCCUGCACUGCCGAACGCUUCCAAGAGCUGCUCAACACUGUUGUCCCCAAUCUACCACCUGUAACGCUUACCUGUAACGCUAUUCCAUCUUCACUCGGCACUGCACAGUGGGUAACGAUUUCCUUUUUCGGUGUAAUUGUUCUCUUAGCGGUUGCGAGCACACUGUACGAAGCGGUCACUCUGUGCCGGAGACGGACGCCACACCGAAAUCUGGCAAUCUUUUCACUCUACUGCAAUGCAAGGAAACUGUUGGCGACGCACCAACGGAGCCAGCUAGCGUCGGCCGUCAAGUCAAGCACAAUCGACUGCAUCAAUGGUAUACGGGUGCUAUCGAUGGUGUGGGUUGUGUUUAGCCACAACUACGUCCGUAUCGCCAUGCAGCCCAUCACCAACUCGCACGUCAUACUGACCUGGCUAGAGUCGUACCAUAGUGUACUCGUCAUCGCGUCUACCGUGUCCGUAGAUUCCUUUUUCCUGCUGAGCGGUUUGCUCACCUGCUGGAGCAUCCUGAACGCGCUGGACAAAUCUGGCCGACUCAACCUACCCGUCAUGUAUCUGCAUCGCUACCUCCGUCUCACACCCGCAUUGGCCGCCCUCGUACUCUUCUCGGCCACGCUCAUGAAGUACGUCGGGUCCGGUCCAUUUUGGGACGGCGCCAUGAGACUUACGGUAGACUCCUGCCAGAAGUACUGGUGGUCAUCACUACUGUACGUACAGAACUACGUGAAUCCACAGGAGGUGUGUCUCGGCCACACCUGGUACCUUUCCGUCGAUAUGCAGCUCUACCUCGUCGCACCACUCAUCAUCUAUCCACUGUGGCGUUGGGGUCGACGAAUGCUGCUCGUGAUUGUGGCACUCAUCGUCGGUUCCAUGGUUACGGUGUUUGCACUGUUCUUUGUUUACCAUCUGCGACUGUCCUUUCUGGCGGUGGACGAGGAACGGUUACGGCACGUGUACACCUACUACCCAACACACACGCGUGCCGGUGCGUGGCUGGUGGGCGUGAUCUACGGAUACGUUCUACAGCGCACUAAGAAACACUACGUCCUACUACCGCGCUGGUUUAUAGCGCUCGGUUGGACACUCACAGCGUCUGCCAUAUUGGCGAUACUGUUCGGGGAUCACCCGAUCCAGCAGCCAGAUUACGAGAACCUACCACAGGCCGCGGAUGCCAUCUACGAGUCGCUCAGCCGGGUCGUUUGGGCUACGGCAAUCGGAUGGAUAGUGUUCGCGUGCGUCAACGGAUACGGUGGAGCAAUUAAUGACUUCCUCGGUGCCACUUUCUGGCAACCGCUAGGGCGUCUAUCGUACGCAAUCUAUCUGCUACAUUUCCCGAUCCAAAUGAUGAUGGCCGGAUCUUCCCGGUUGCCCUACUACUUUACCGAUCUGCUAGCUGCGUAUCAGUUUUGGGGCGACAUCGGUUUUACGCUGACGCUUUCACUCGUCUGGACGCUGCUGUUCGAGUCGCCAAUUAUCGGACUGGAACGAAUACUAUUUGGGCGUGCUCGGAAAGCAUCAAAAACCACACCUGAAAAGGAUACACACAGCACAGAAAACAAUGGCAGCGAACGAGUGAUACCGAAAUCUCUCUCACUAACCAUUCAAACUGCACGUAUUUAAAUCCGAUGCCACUAAGCUUUAGAAGACUGACAAACCGACAACACCGUCGGGUUGUGUUAGAUAGUCACAAAACAAAAUAAAUUUUUAUUAUGAACAGUAA